AUCAUCCCUUUGGAUCCUGCCAAAGAGCGCGCCUCGUUCCUAUGGCAACCGCGCCAGGUCCACGCGCAGACGGCGGGUAGCAAGGGUCAAAACAGAUUCGCAAAGUAGAAGUCGUCGACCCGUUCAGUCCGCGCCUUCGCUCUGGAAAGGAAGAGAAAUGGAAGUGAAAAAGUUGAGCAUUUCCUGGCAGUUCUUGAUAGUUCUGGUUCUCAUCCUGCAAAUUCUGUCUGCGUUGGAUUUUGACCCAUACAGAGUCCUAGGGGUCAGCCGAACAGCCAGUCAGGCUGAUAUUAAAAAGGCUUAUAAGAAGCUCGCCCGGGAAUGGCAUCCUGACAAAAACAAAAAUCCUGGAGCAGAAGACAAGUUCAUCCAAAUUAGCAAGGCUUAUGAGAUUCUUUCCAAUGAAGAAAAGAGAUCCAACUAUGAUCACUAUGGAGAUGCCGGAGAGAACCAGGGCUACCAGAAGCAGCAGCAGCAGCAGCGAGAGUAUCGCUUCCGCCAUUUCCAUGAGAAUUUUUACUUCGAUGAAUCCUUUUUUCAUUUCCCUUUUAAUUCUGAGCGGCGGGACUCCAUCGACGAGAAGUAUUUGUUGCACUUCUCACAUUACGUGAAUGAUGUGGUUCCAGACAGCUUCAGGAAACCUUACCUCAUCAAAAUCACCUCAGACUGGUGCUUCAGCUGUAUCCACAUCGAGCCUGUUUGGAAAGAGGUAGUUCAAGAACUGGAAGGAUUGGGUGUAGGAAUCGGCGUGGUCCAUGCUGGGUACGAGAGACGCCUGGCCCAUCACCUGGGAGCGCACAGCACUCCCUCCAUCCUGGGAAUCAUAAAUGGGAAAAUCUCCUUCUUCCAUAACGCGGUCGUCCGCGAGAACCUGCGACAGUUUGUAGAGAAUCUUCUUCCAGGGAACUUGGUGGAGAAAGUUACAAAUAAAAAUUACGUCCGAUUCCUCUCUGGCUGGCAGCAAGAGAAUAAGCCUCACGUGCUUCUGUUUGACCAGAUGCCCGUCGUACCGCUGCUGUACAAGUUGACUGCUUUUGCAUACAAAGAUUACUUGUCAUUUGGAUACGUACACGUCGGUCUGAGAGGGGCCGAAGAGAUGACAAGACAGUACAAUGUCAACGUCUACGCCCCCACCAUCUUGAUCUUUAAAGAACACAUAAACAAGCCUGCAGACGUUAUCCAGGCCCGAGGUAUGAAGAAACAGGUCAUUGAUGACUUCAUCACCCAAAACAAGUAUCUGCUGGCAGCCAGGCUCACCAGCCAGAAGUUCUUCCAUGAGCUCUGCCCCGUGAAGCGGUCUCACCGACAGAGGAAGUACUGUGUGGUUUUACUGACCCCCGAGGCUACCAAGCUGAGUAAACCCUUUGAGGCUUUCCUGUCCUUUGCCUUGGCAAACACACAAGACACAGUGAGAUUCGUGCACGUCUACAGCAAUCGGCAGCAGGAGUUUGCCAACACCUUACUACCAGACAGUGAUAUGUUUCAAGGAAAAUCAGCGGUGUCUAUCUUGGAGAGGCGCACCACGGGAGGAAGGGUGGUGUAUAAAACGCUGGAGGCUCCCUGGACAGGGAGUGAGAGCGAUAAGUUCACACUUUUGGGCUACCUCGACCAGCUGCGCAGAGACCCGGCUCUGCUGUCCUCGGAAGCUGUACUCCCUGACCUGACGGACGAACUUGCGCCUAUCUUUCUCCUCCGGUGGGUCUACUCUGCUUCUGACUACAUCUCAGACUGCUGGGACAGCAUAUUUCACAACAACUGGCGGGAAAUGAUGCCUCUCCUGUCCCUGGUCUUCUCUGCCCUCUUCAUCCUCUUCGGCACCGUCAUCGUUCAGGCUUUCAGUGACUCGAAUGAUGAGCGAGAAUCCAACCCUCCGGACAAAGAGGAGGCCCAUGAGAAGGCCGGGAAGACCGAGCCAAGCUUCACCAAAGAAAACAGCAGCAAGAUUCCUAAAAAAGGCUUCGUGGAGGUAACUGAGCUCACAGAUGUAACCUACACCAGUAACCUGGUCCGCCUGAGGCCAGGCCACAUGAACGUGGUCCUCAUCCUGUCCAAUUCCACCAAGACCAGCCUCCUGCAGAAAUUCGCUUUGGAGGUCUACAUGUUCACUGGGAGCAGCUGCCUGCACUUCUCCUUCCUGAGUCUGGAUAAACACAGAGAGUGGCUGGAGUACUUGCUCGAGUUUGCGCAGGACGCAGCCCCGAUCCCCAACCAGUACGACAAGCACUUCAUGGAGCGCGACUACACGGGUUACGUGCUGGCUCUGAACGGCCACAAGAAGUACUUCUGCCUCUUCAAGCCCCAGAAAGCAGUGGAAGAGGAGGAGGCCAUGGGGUCCUGCAGCGACCUUGACUCUUCCCUCCACCUGGGCGAAUCUCGAGGGAAAUCUUCCUGUGGCCUUGGACCCAGGCCCAUCAAAGGGAAAUUGAGCAAGUUGUCCUUAUGGAUGGAGCGCCUGCUUGAAGGCUCCUUACAGAGGUUUUAUAUCCCAUCGUGGCCUGAGCUAGACUGAGGGAGCUCAAGAGAGACUUUAACUCUUCAGGCUUUUUAAUAGGCCCUUGGGAACAGGUCUUUUCAGGACUCCACCUAUCACCACGGACAGAGAAUAGAUUCUAGAUUAUUCUUCCGGAACAAUGUCUAGAAGAAUCUUUCCUUUGUCCUGUUCUAACCUAGGAGUGAAAAACACCUCAAGCUGAAUUCCCUAGAUCAAAAUAUUUUGCUUUGGGUUUUUUUCCCCUUCAUUUGAAUGCCGCACUAUUUAAAGUAGACUGCUCAUCCCCUCUUCCUUUGUCAUCCCUGUCCUGUGCUCACACCGCCCUCCCCUGUCCUGUCUCUGUGCUGGGGGAGACGCACAGGGCUCCAGGCAGCAGCAGGGCCUGAUGGAACCCCUCCAGCCUGGAGCGCUGGUCGGGUCCCCACCCCCACCCCCGCUGUGCUUCCGCCCCGGCGCAUGCUGGUAUCAGUGGGACCGACAGCCCACACAGCAGCUUCUAGGCCCUGCAUCCUGAAAGAGGCCUGGUUCCAAGCAAUCUCACAAUCGGUCCUUUUCCCGGUAGCCAGUGGCUAAAAGUGUAUUUGGGGGGUAUCCCCCUGCAGCAGCUUGUCAGCCACGGUUUUACAAGGCUAGGGGCAAUUGGGGAUCCUGCAUGUGAGUUUGGUUUUCUUCCUGAGACAGGAGAAGGGAGGGCUGAGCAGUGACAGAAGUGACCCCUUGGGGUGUCCCCAUCGGCCGCCUCCCCAGCGCUCAGCGUAGCCAGGGAGGGAUCCGCACGGCAAGAAGUACUGUAAUGACUUUGAGCCAUUUACGUGUCUGUCUCACAAGCCUUUCUGCCUCUGUCAGUUGUAGGGUAUGAAUCUUAGGAGCCAUAAUUUGUAGUCUCGUUCUCUGGACUUAGAGAUAAGCUGCUAUAAGCCAGUAGAUGUUAAACUCAAGACACCUACCUUAUGCCCGCCUGACAGGCGUCAGGCUCCAGGAACCUCUUCCCUCCGAGGGUGUCUCUUUAGUAAAAUACCAGACAUGUCUUUGUAUCAAGGAACUUAAAGAUUUCUCAACAAUGUAUUUCGAACACUGUUACCCCCAAAAGUCCUGUAACUUUGAGCCCUCUUUUGUGACAAGUAAGCAAAGACUUGUUCUAGAAUCCUGUUUGGCAAAAGGCUUCCUUUGAGCUUCUGGCCUAUAUUGUGGUUUCUCAGUUGCUUUCACUCUUAACUCACAACUGCUUCACCGGUAACAGGGUGCGCCCUCCCGCCAGCAUCCCGGCUUCCAGAGCCCCAGUGUGCUGUGGACCACACCCGCCAGUUAGAGAGUUU